AUGGCGCAAAAUGGCGGAGGCGGCAGGAAGAAGAGGGAGAAGCCAAAUAUAUUGAUAACGGGAACGCCUGGAACUGGUAAGACCACGACGGCGACAGCUCUGGCGGAGGCUAUUCAAUUACGCCAUAUAAAUAUCGGUGAUUUGGUCAAGGAGAAGAACCUCCACGACGGCUGGGAUGACCAGUUCGACUGUUAUCUCAUCAAUGAAGAUCUCGUAUGUGAUGAGCUCGAGGAUUUGAUGGAAGAAGGUGGAAACAUUGUGGAUUACCAUGGAGGUGACUUCUUUCCUGAGCGUUGGUUCGACCGUGUAGUCGUGCUUCAAACCGAAAACUCCGUGUUGUAUGACAGAUUGACAAAGAGGGGUUAUGCAGGGCAGAAACUUACAAACAAUAUCGAAUGUGAAAUCUUUCAAGUGUUGCUGGAGGAGGCCAAAGGGAGUUAUCCAGAAGAAAUUGUGGUGGCAAUGAGAAGUGACUGUAUUGAAGACAUAAACAUGAAUGUGGCCACUUUGACUGAUUGGGUUAGAAGUUGGAGCUGCCAAUCUUGA